UUGCAAGGAAAGAGACCCUUUUUCUCCCGUUUCUUCAUUCUCUCUCUUCUUCAACUAUCUUUCUAGAGAGAGAAAGUAAGAGAGUAGUUGUGUUUGAGUUCGGGAAUUUUUUGAGUUCGAAGAAGAAACCUUUUUCGUUUGUUUUUUUAUUUUUGUUUUUUGGUUUUUUUUUUUGUUUUUGUUUAAGGGAGAUGUCGGGGAAAGGGGCGAAGGGUCUGAUUACGGGCAAGACAUCGGCGGCAAACAACGCCAACAAAGACAAGGACAAGAAGAAACCCAUCUCUCGCUCUUCUCGUGCCGGUCUUCAGUUCCCAGUUGGUCGUAUCCACCGUCUUCUGAAAUUAAGGACAACAUCCAAUGGGAGAGUAGGAGCUACUGCUGCUGUUUAUUCUGCGGCGAUCUUGGAGUAUCUGACCGCAGAGGUGUUGGAGUUAGCUGGCAAUGCAAGCAAGGAUCUCAAGGUGAAGCGCAUCACUCCCAGGCAUCUUCAGCUUGCCAUCCGUGGAGACGAAGAACUCGACACUCUGAUCAAAGGAACCAUUGCUGGUGGAGGAGUGAUUCCUCACAUUCACAAGUCACUCAUUAACAAGUCCUCGAAGGAGUAGGCUUCAUAACGGACCAGACCGUUUCUUCUGCUAUGACUGAAAUCAUGAAUUCUCUUUUCUUUCGGUAUUUUAGAGCAGGAUCAUGCAGUUAAUUAUGUUCUUAAUUUGUUUUUAGUGGUACUUGAUCUUCUAGAUACUCAUCUUUUUCAGCUGAUAUCUUGUUGUGGAUAAUGUCCUUAAUAUGACAUUUUUUUUUUCUUUCCUUUAA